CCGGCAUCGCUGCGGGAUCGGCUGGCAGGCGACCCCGAAGAUGAAGGCGACCCGGGGCGGAGGCGGACAGGGUUGACGGCGAAUACUCGAGUGGUGCCUCUGCCGGGCUUCCCCAAACCCUUCCUGGAGGAUAGGUUGGAGUGGUUCCAGAUCCGAAACCAGGGGAGGUGGGACAGGGUAAGAUUUCAGCUGGUAGUUCUGACUUCACAGAAUCAACUAAGUGCUUAAAACUUGUAACUUGCUGGGCCAAGAGACAAAAUGACAUCAGACUUGUUGCAGACAUCCGUGAAUUCUGAAGAUAAAUUAAAGGAUGAUGCCAUCAAAAAUGACAAGCCUUAUAAGGUCUUCUUCAAAGAUAUCUUUUUUUUCAAGGAGAAUGAAAGGGCGGCAAGGAAAAAGGAAAAAUUGAUGAAUCGGAACAUGAAAAUCCAUCAGAAGUCGACUUUUUCCUCCCGAAUGAAGAGUCGCUCACACCUGAACCAGCUGGGUUUUUAUGGGGACAGAAGUAACAGCUCCUUGGAGAAUUUCGGGCUGGAUCCUACUCUGAUUCUCCGAUUAGCAGAAGGUGCAGACACAAAAAAGACAGUCCGUGAAUUUAUCAAGGACCAACGAGACAGAUUUCUGCUUGAGUAUGCUCUGUUAACCAAAAGAAACGCCAUUGAAAAGUUUGAAAAACACAUAGCCAUGAAAGAAAAACAGCUCAUAAAAGCAGAAAAAAAGCUCCAAGAUGAUGCAAUGGCCUUUGAAGAAUUCCUUCGGGAAAAUGACCAAAGAUCUGUAGAAGCUCUUAAAAUUGCGGCACAAGAAACCAUAAGCAAGCUCCAAGUGACUGCAGAGCUCAAGAAAGCCAGUAUGGACGUGCAGGCAGUGAGAAGCGAAAUAGCAAAGACAGAGUUCAUGCUUAGGGAGUACAUGAAGUAUGGGCUUUUUCUGCUGAAGUUAUCUCCGAAGCCUUGGCAAAUGCAGCAAGCCCUCAAGAGGGCACAGGCGUCCAAGAGCAAAGAAAGCGUCAUCCUUCCAAAAUUAUUAGCAAGUAAGUCCUAUUUCUCCUUAAAUUCCAACAUAAAAGAUGGCAACCUGGAGGAGUCGGAGCCCGCGUUGCUGUCAGAAGGAAGAAGGGGCCAAGGAAAGCCACGCAAGAAGCCCACCCUCAACCCAGAGCUGAAGAAAUCAUCCACGUCCAACCGGCCUGAGAGUAUCAGUUCCGAAGACAGUCUGGAAUUCUUUCUCGAGGAUGACAUGGACGUUGAUCUGGAGCCAGAGCUUUAUUUCAAAGAGCCGGAAGAGUUACUCCAAGUGCUCAUGGAGCUGGAGGAACAGAACCUCACACUGGUGCAGUACUCCCAGGACGUGGAUGAGAACCUGGAGGAUAUACACAAGCGAGAAAGAGUGAUCCAGGAAAAGAUAAACAGCAACGUGGAGUUCCUGCUGGAGCACAAAGCCAUGCUCAAAGCAAACUGUGUGAGGGAAGAGGAGAAGGCAGCAGAGCUGGAGUUAAGAUCCAGGCUGUUUAGUUUCGGAGAAUUCAAUUCAGAAGCCCAGGGUCGGUCUCUUCUUGAGCAGAGUCGGGAAAUGGGGAAGGAUGCUACCUGGAGAACGAUUGUCCUUGCCCAGCAGUUUGUUGAGAUCCUCUUAGCUGCAAAUACCGGGUCCCCAGUGGAGAAAGAGAGAAGUUUUCUUUUGGUCCCAGGACACGUUACCUACAAGCUCAAGAAUCUCCACCAGCAGUUAAAAUGGCGCAGUGCCGAGGAAAAGCUGAUUGAAUCACUCAGCAGAAAGAUUAACCAAGUAUACAGGGUCUGCAUUGGGGAUGCGGAGGUUGGCAGCCUCAACCCAGUGCAGAAGCUGGUCAAAGUGGAGUCUCGCCUGGUGGAACUCAGUGACCUCAUCGAGUCCAUCCCCAAAGAAAACGUGGAGGCGAUCGAGAGGAUCAAACAGAAAGAACGGCGGCAAAAGUUACGUGAAGAAAAAAUGAAAGAGAAGCAGAAACACCAGGAAGAAAGGCUGAAAGCUGCCCUGGAGAGAGCAGUGGCCCAGCCAAAGAAAAAGGUGGGAAGACGGCUCAUCUACCGUUCCAAACCGCCAUCUGCCAACAAACACACAGUACUUCUCGUCAGCGAUACGAGAAUAAAAUCUAUAGAGGAAGAAUACUUUUUUGCUUGAAUGGAAGACAGACAUAAGGUUUCUAGGAUGUUUCAGGUGUAAUUUGUAGAUUCGGCCUUUUCAGUAAUGGCAAUAUGCUGUUUCAUUUACUGUCCUAAUCAAUCUGAGGAACAAAGGCCUUUUUUCAAGGCUGCUAGACUGGGAAUUUUGGGGGGAGUUGUAACCAUCACAUUUAUGUGUAUAUAUCUGUGACAAAGUGAGGGCUAUGCAUCUGAAAAUAGUUUACCAAUGUAACUACCUGAUGACAGUUAAGGGUAAUGGUGGCCAUUCUGACAACCUGAGGAUUGUUUUCUCAACCCAUGUCUAGCCGUAGCAUACUAUUUUAACUGAAGAAUGAAUGCAUAUUUUAAGAUUUAUACACUGUUACAAGGUAUA